AUGGCGGCCUUCAAUGUUGACAGUGUUCGCGAGUCUGAAAACAAGGUCUAUCCUGGCAGUCCACAGCUAGCUAGAAAGGCAAUCAAUGAAAUAGACACAUCUGAACAGACGGGUGUUCCACUAAAUACUCCAUGGACGUUUUGGCUCGACAAGACAGUUCGAGGAACAUCAGCUGCUCAGUAUGAAGCCUCCUUGAAGAAACUGUACACGGUUAAUACAGUACAGGGUUUCUGGAGUGUGUACAACAAUAUCCCGGACCCGAGUGAGCUAUCGUCACGAUACAGCUACCAUCUCAUGCGCUUUGUGACGCGACCUGUGUGGGAGGAUGAGUAUAACAGCAAGGGAGGUCACUGGAGGUUGAAAUGCCACAAACAUGACACACCUACGGUGUGGAAGGAGCUGUUGUUGGCAGCCAUAGGAGAACAGUUGGCCGAGUUUAUGGCUGAAGAUGACGAGAUAGGUGGGGUGAGUGUGAGUAUCCGUGAUCGAGAUGACAUCAUUCAGAUCUGGAACACGAAGGCUCAGCAUGCAGAGGCAGCUACUGUCAUUGCCAAAGUUAGACAACUCUUGCCUAAAGUUACAUUCACAACAAUAUUUUAUAAAGCCUUCCAAUCACAUGAAGCCUUUGAAAGUGAAAAGGCAUUCAAGGUCAAGCGAUGACAGCAACAACCUCUAGGAACACUUAUCUAAGAUCCAUUCUGAUUGGACAUUGAGCAGAUAGCCCCACCUGUGCUCAUGCUGAUUGGUUGAACAUAACAGAGGGAGGAGCUUGUGUCUGAUUGACAGCCUUAUACUAUGUGUCUUGCUCUUCCAGUGUCAAAAGCUAGCCGAGAGAAUGUUUGUUUUCAACACAGUAGUCAAAAUGGAAUAUCUGUUUGCAUUUAUUGAAUGUUAUUAAGAUGAUAUGCGAUUUAUCAUGGCAGGUUUAUCAUUGAUUUGUUUGUAUUACAUUGGGAGAAUUGUAUUUAUGAAAUAUUUUUACACGUUUUUGUGCAUGUUAGUGGUUUGAAUUACAUCAGGUGAAAUUUUGUUACAGUCUGUUGAAUGAGACAUAGGAUAGAAUUUGUUUGACUUCAGAGAAAACUCUUAAGUGUCAUGCGUUUCCACACUCUGUAACCAUGGUGACCAUGACGUCUUGCGGUAUUUCAGUGUAGUAAUAUAAGAAGUUAAUGAGACCAGAUUUUUUUCUCUUUCUUUGGUUUACAAAUGUUUGGCCGAAAAAGUCAGGUUGGUAAGUCAAGGGGUGGGGGCAAAAUUUCCAAUUUUUUUCUUUAUUUCCUCAAAAUGUUCAGUAGGUAGAGGGGGGAAAGAAGAAAAGUUGGAGCUUUUUAUGGUCAAUUUUCAGCUGGUUUUUAUUAUACCGGGUAAUAUUCCAAAGUUUUACUUAUUUCUGGUCAGCAGAAUAUAAAAAACACUGCUAUUCGGCGGAUUCGUAAACCAAGUUUUAAUAAAUGUCUAGUCUUA